UUUCGGAAGGACAGGAAUAUUGUUCUCCUUCAAAACGAAUAAAACUUGACCACGUUCAACAGCUAUCGAAUUACACCACUGAUAUUGACUUAGGGAGGUAUUCUGCCUCUACGAAAGAUAUAUGCAGUUCAAUCUCAGAAUUUAUUGACAGAAGUACGACGAUGACUUGUGAUUUGAGCAACGUUAGUUGCAAUUUCUAAGAUGGAGUAUAGCGACAGCAAUGGCGUCUAGUACUACUAUUUCACGGGAAAAUGCUAUUGACGUUAGAAAGCACUUGUCAUACAUGAUGUAUGGACGAUGUUGCCGUUAAUACCGAGAGAAAAAAUUUAUUUUUUUCGUUUGAAGCAAGUAUAUAUGACACUCCAUAGUCAAUAUCAGAUUAAUAUUACCUGACUCGGCAAAGGUUUUUCGCCUUCCGGAAACAUAAUCAGUAGUAUGCUUCGCCAAAAUUAGCCCGAAUAUGUUGUAAUUUAUCCAAUUUCAACCCAUACAAUACACUUUAUGCCCUUAAAAUAUCUAGAGAAAACUGGAUUGAAUGUGCUGAGAUUUCGAGAGAGAUAGAUGGUUGCGCAGUAUUGUGGGAUACUUGUAACUGUACGUCAAACAGACUUUCCAGUUUCCAGUUGUGCGCUUAGUUCAGAGAAUAGCAAAAGUCAUGUUGAUGAUGAUGAAGACGAGGAUGAUGAUCUUUUAAAUGUCAAUGGUAUCCAGCAGUUGGACUCUUCUUCAGCAACAGAAAUAGAAUGUGAUGUUACUGGAGAGGGCAGGAGGAAGAGACAAUUACGUGGACCAAGUGAUGAAAAUGAAGUAGAAGGAGAAGAGGAAGAUGACUGUGAUGAUGAUAAAGAUGAAAUCUCGUCUACUGUUAGCAAUCUUUCUAACUUGAGUGGUCUUUCUGAUUUAAGUGGACAAGAGUGGAAACCAAUAGCAGGUACGAUGAGCUGGGUUCAGAAGCAGAUGCUUACUGGAGUGAAUCCACGUUGUAUUCUUAACCAGAUAGUAGGUGACGGAGUUCCUGUAUCAGAGCAAAUGGAUGAUUUGAGCCUUUGGAAGAUUAUAGUUAAUUUUCUCAGUGAAAUACCGAGGAGACAAAAAUUACGCCAUAUAAAUACUUUAACAGAUGUUGUUCGCUUGUUGAGGGGUGCCAGGAAAGUCAUUAUUCUUACUGGAGCAGGGGUUUCUGUAUCAUGCGGAAUCCCAGAUUUUAGAAGUCGUGAUGGUAUUUAUGCAAGACUUUCAGUUGACUUUCCUGACCUGCCAGAUCCCCAGGCAAUGUUUGACAUAGCAUAUUUCAGUCAAGACCCUCGCCCCUUUUACAAAUUUGCUCGUGAAAUAUAUCCAGGACAGUUCAAACCUUCUCCAUGUCACAGGUUCAUUAAAAUGCUAGAAAAACACAAUAAACUGCUUCGAAAUUAUUCGCAGAACAUAGAUACUUUGGAGCAGGUAGCUGGUAUUCAUAAUGUCAUAGAAUGUCAUGGAUCCUUUGCCACAGCGUCUUGUACUCGCUGCAAAUAUAAAGUGACAGCUGACGCUAUACGAGAAGAUGUAUUUGCUCAGAGAAUACCACUGUGCCCAAAAUGUUCGACUGACGCAUUGCCAUCUUUGAUCGAUUCUGCUAAUGGAGAACAUUAUAAAAGUUUGGUAUCUCAGGGUAUAAUGAAACCAGAUAUUGUUUUCUUUGGAGAAGGUUUACCGGAGAUAUUCCAUGAAUCAAUGGCUAAAGACAAAGACGAGUGUGACUUGCUAAUUGUCAUUGGAUCAUCCUUGAAAGUGCGGCCUGUAGCACUUAUACCAAGUUCUAUUCCACCACAUGUUCCCCAGAUUCUGAUUAAUCGAGAACCACUACCGAACUUCAACUUUGAUGUUCAGCUGCUAGGGGACAGUGAUGUGAUUAUCAGUCAGAUAUGUUAUAUGCUCGGCGGAGAUUGGCUCGAAGUGUGUAGUACCCCUAAACCUCUUACAGAAGCAAAGCAUCUUCUGACACGUGAGAAGUCUUGGAGGACAAAUUUUGAUGACACGUGGGAAGAGAGGAGCAGUGACCAGUGUCCUACAGAUUACAGCCUCGACAGUGCCAAAGUUCAUCCUUCUGGUCACAGCAGCCAAGACAGACCAAACUCAAAAACUGUCACUCGGGCCACGUCGUCAGUAAGCAGUCUCGCUGUCAAUCCAGCAUCGAGCAGUGACGGUGGCCAGUACGCGGAAACAUCUGAAACUGAUUCUUUGCAUAUGGUUAUAGACAGCAGUUUAGCAGUGACAGCCGAUAGCACAAAAUGUGUGGUCCAUAAGGAACGACAUAUGUCUAUUGACUCUUCGACAAGGGACAGUGGAGUGUGCUUAUCUGUGGACAGUCCUGUAGAUAACCUGGUAGCAGAUUCGUCCAGAGAUGUCAAUGCCCAGGUUCUCGUAACAGACAGUCGUGAGAGAGCUGCUGAAAAUAUAGGCAUUAAUAACAGUUGCGGGCGUAGUUUACAUGCUCCGAGAAUAUGUAACGAGCCUUCACUGUCACCCGUCAGCACAUCACUGAGCAGUAGCCAGAACACAAUUCUUGUCGAUCCUUCAAGAUUCUGUACUGAAGCUGCCGAUUCUUCCUGUGCACAGGUGGAGUGUAGCAGUGGCGGAAGGAGCAGUAGCAUUAGUUGUCGUCACAUGUCAGUCGACUCGACCAGGGACAGUGGCAUAGGGGAUGGUUGCAGCAGCAUUGCAAGUGGUGUUAUGAAUAAGGAAAGACAUAUGUCUUUAGACUCUUGUGAUGAACAUCAGAAAUCGGAAGACAAUUUAGACAUGCUGCGAUCGUGCUGGGAGCCGAAGAUCAGAGAGAGCUUGGCUACGAGGUUACCAGAUAAUUCUUACUAUUUUGUACAUCCAAACCGAUACAUUUUUCCGGGCGCUGAGGUGCUCUACGACCCAGACGACACCCAGCGAUCGUCGUGCAGCAGCAGUGGAAGCAGCACGAGCUCGAGCGAUUCUGAAGGUUGUUUGUCGGAAGAAAGUGACAAUGACGAGGGUGAGGUGGACGACUGGGAGCACCUUUCGGUGUCUAAUGAUAAUCCUACCAAUGGUCGGUGUCCUUGAUGUAAAUUGGGAAGCUGUAGUAAUCAUUAUUGUGGGACAUGGUGCAUUGUUAAUUCUUACUGCAAAAAUUGGUAAUCUGUAGUUAAAGGUGUGGCUAACUUAUACCUGGCAGUUUUAAAUAUGCAAAAUCGCAUACUCCAGAUUCUUUACAUAAACAAACAAUGCUUGCAUGUAAAGAACUGAAAACAAAUUACAAUUCUUUCAUUUGUCUGGAACUGCUAUAUAUUACCAUCAAAUACAGCCUUGGAUUUUGAAAUGUAAGUGUGACCUGUGUUCUAAUAUAUGUGAAUAAUAAUAUAUUGUAAAAAAUUAUUUAUUAUUGUUCAGGGUAGUUACAUGUUACUUGUUAUUUCAGUAUUUUGUAGACACAUAUAUAGCAUAUUGGAGAUAUUUACUAUUUAGAGCAACAACCUGUUAUUGGUAAAAUUAAGUCCCUCUUCUGCCAGGUAUAAUAUUUUUCAUUUAACUCAGAAAAAUUUUGUUCUGCAUAUUAAAGAGUCAUCUUAUAAUACCUACAUAUUACAAGAUCAUCUGAUAAAAUAAUGUGGCUCAUUGAAAAAAGUUCAAAUAUUUUUGUAAAUGGUUGCUGCUAUUAAUGAAUGGCACUGCUUUAAUGGAAAAAAUUAUUUUGAAGAGAGAAUUGUGUAUAAUCAUAUUUUGCAAUGUCGGUCAGGCACUGCUUCACUAUUAAAUCAGCAAAUCUUUUUCAUGACUUAGGUGUGGGUUUUUUCAUCACCUGUAGCAAUUUUUUGUUUUCCAAGAAUAUUGCUUCAGUAUUGAACACUGACAUUGUAGAAGAGAUUUGAAAUUAAUUUAAAGAAAACAUUAUGCAAACUAGCUUGACACUUACUGUAAACUCUAAUUCCUGUUAAGGAAGCAGAUUAUUUGUUGCAAAUUUCCUCUAAUCGAGGAUGGUGGGUAUAUAACAAACCCUUCCUACACAAAGUAAUUAAUUUAUUUAUUUUGACUUUUGCUUGUGGCAACGUGACUGUUACUUAGUUAUAGCAGUUUAAUAGAAAACAAUUAUCCUCUUCAUUGUGGAAACCACAGAAGUUUUAGUUUCCACUGACACACUAACAGUUGAUUUAACAGAAAUUGAGCCACACAGGGAUGAGUACCAGAUCCUGUGUUAGAUGUUAAAAUGUAAAUAAACUUACAGUGUAAUUAUUAGAUGUCUAAAUUGGACAUGUUAUGUGAUAGUACUUUAGGGAUUAAUGAUUCCGUAUUUUUGAAAGCAAAAUAUGUGAAUACAUGUUGAAACAUAAAAUUAAGAGUCUCUCUCUCUCUCUUUGUGUGUGUGUGUGUGUGUGUGUGUGUGUGUGUGUGUGUGUUUUGGGGGAGGGAAGGGGCGUGGAGGGAGAGAGAGAGAGAGGGAGAGAGAGAGAGAGAGAGAGAGAGAGAGAGAGAGAGUAUUCCUGUAUGGGUGUUUUGUAAAUAAAGACAGAUUGUGCUUCAAUACUGUUUGUAAAAAACUGUAAAUGAAAUCACUUUCAUACUAGGUGUAUCAUCCAUGUGUACUUUAAUAAGCUGCUAAUUUUAAUUAAUGAUCUCAUAAAUUUAUAAUUGUAAUUUUAAAAUAUAGGUAUAUUUAAUGCCACAUCCAAUAUUUUAAUGCAGGCUUGAUGAUGAAAAAAGUAGAAUAAUUCAGUGUAUAUAAUUUGCUUUUGAUCCUAUAGGCUUAACAGCUAUGAAAGAUAUAUCGUCAUAUUUUUCUACAAACUGAAAUAAUUUCAGGUAUUAUGUUUGUAUAAAAUUAGCAAUGUAAAUGCAUGACAUGGAAGAAAAGGGAGAAACGAAUGCAGUACGAACUUCAUUAUUUGCAUUUCUUUAUCUGUCAAAUGGCAUAUAAUACUAUACAAGUGUAUUUCUAAAAUCUUUAUGAAGUUUGUUGCACUGUAAAGGAAGAAUCUCUCAUAUAUGACAGCAGGCAUCUGUAUAAAUAAAUUUAAGUAUGCAGGUAUGCUAUGGCCUUAACUGUCAGAUUCACAAUACAACCAUUUAUCUAUUUUAUAUCACUUGUUGUGUAUAUAGUUUUGAUAAUGAUGAUUAUUUAUGUUUUUGUUAGAUACCACAAUGUACAGUGUUAAUGUAAUCUGUGCACAUGUCCAUUUUGCUCAUGUGAAGGCCAUAGAACAUAAAAUUGUUAGACUUCAAUUUUCUUAGCUCUGCUAUUGGGUAUAUUUGUAUGAUUACAAUAGUAUUGUGGUUCCGUUAUACACUGUAACGAAAGUUUCUACCAUCAUUCCAUUGUAUCACUUUUAAAAAAUUGGCUUUUGUGUAACUAUGGUUUUAAUUUUUGUAUGAAUAGAUUGUGACUUGAUGUUGCUAAAGGAUAAAUAGAGGAAGUGUUAAUUUGUGUGAUGUGUGAACUUACUUUCACCUCCUAUUAACAAUGUGAGUGACAAAAUAUUCAAGGAAAGAAACUGUUACCAACUGCUGGCACUUUCUGAUGCAAUUACUGUUGAAUGCAUGUGACAGUUUUAUAAACAUAUUUCUUGUUGAUUAGCAGCUGCUGUUAUAAUUCAUUGUGUUAUACGUCUGCUGUACCUUGUUUGUUCAUCUGUCAUCGAGUAAUUGAUGUGGGUGGAAACAAAUAUGGGAUAUGAUAGUUUCUGAGAGCAAUAAGUAGAGUGGUACGUCAUUUCUUUACAUCUCUAAUGUUGUCUCUUGUCUGUUUUAUAAUGAAAAUGUCUCCUGUCAUUGUAGCAAAAAACUAUUAAUUUAAUAUUGUCUGUUUUGUGUACAUAGAAAGUUUCAUGUAUAUUGACUUUCUUAAAAAUAUGUUUACCUUUUGCAUUCUCUUCCCUACAUUGUUUACCCCUAUGUGUUUAAAAUACACUUUUUUUUUUUUUUUUUACAAACAGCCUGUAGUUUUGUGUAUGAGCUAUGUUUUCCCUUUGUCUUUCCCUUGAAUUGUAUUAGCCAGUACUUUUAUUCUGUAUUCCAAUUUUAGAAAAGGUUACUGCCGUUAAAACAUAAGCCAAAAGUUACACAAGCCUGUGUUUCUAAAAUUUUUGCGGAUGACUUUUAAAAAAUGUGCUAUCAUGUCACAGAUUUUUCACAAAAUAAGAUCUCAUAUUUUAAAAGCUGAAGCAAUUGAUGCACAAAUAUUGAAAUUUCAAUCAAGAUAUAUAUUUUUAUAAUUAUUAGUUUAUCUUUUAGCCAUAUACUUAAAGUAGUACAAAUCUUUAUCUUAGCCACAUUAUGAGUAUUCUGUUAAAUUUAAAUUUCAACUGUUCUCCAUUUUUAAAUUCUUUAGGAAUUUCCAUCUUCACUUUAAAUAUUCAACAAUAGUUGGUCAUCAUAUUUUCAUUCCACCUUCCCUGUCAUUUAUCCUGAAACCAUCUCAGUGGAAGCAUUCUUCUUGCUCUUUAUUAUAAUGUUCCUGAUUUUUAAGGUAAUAAUCAAAAUGGGCGUGUAGGAAGUAAACUUUACACACAUGUUACAACCCAACUUCUUGAAAUAUUCCAGCAUGGUUUUGACAGUUUUCUUAUUAUUGGGAUAUUUUAUACAUCCUAGAAAGUUUUCAGUAACAAACCUGAAGGAAGUCUAUACUUUUUCUCUAACAUUAAUUGUAUUGUCAGAUUUGAGUCUUCAUUAUUUUGCAAAUUUGAGAUAGUGACGGCAGUUACGACUGAAACAACCGGUUCUUGGUUGUAUCAGUUUUCCCCCUCUCUUCAUCCCCAGUUUAAGCUGACUGUAAAAACUGCUCGAAAUAACCAGUCUCUGAAAGAACAUAUUUUUGGUUUCUUAUUCCUAUUAAUUCCAAUAAUAACUGUAUGCAUCAAAGAUUGAAAAAUUGUAAGACUUUUGUAUUAUAUGUUUCCAGAUUCCUAGAAUCAAAAUAUCAAAUAAAACAGGGAAGCAAAAGAAAACAGUACGUAUACUCUGUUGUUUUUCUUCUAAAAGCAAUAAGGGUUGAACUUGACAAAGUCAUCAGUAUUUUGCUAUUGAGUCUAACCUUUAAAACUCAUCACAAAAAUCAUGUUGUAAUAGAGGGUCAUACAACUAUUUAGGCAUUACGAAUAGUCAGUGUUGAAGGUUGAAAACAGAGAUUGGAGAACUCUGUUUUUCGUGUUAUGUUGUUGUUUACAAGAGCUACAAAAGUAGAUAAAGGUGUAGUAUGUAGACACACCCAGCAGAUCAGCUACUGACUAUUUUUAUAAUAAACAAUUAAUGAAUUGUUAAGUUUUUAAUUUCCUCUCUUUUCUAUUAUUUCAUAGAAGUG